AUGAAAUCGACCACUGCAUUGAAAUCAGAGUUGGCAGUUGUGUACGGACUUGAAGGAGUUGGACUGGAUCCCUCCCAAUUCAGAGUCCAUCACUGUUACCAUAAAGAUGAGGAAAAUGAUGCCUUGGUUGGUGGCCGAGCUCAGCUCACUGAUGAGGAGAAAUAUAGGGAUUGUGAAAGAUUCAAGUUUUGCUGCCUCAAAUGCGGAACAGAAAAUAUUUAUGACAGUGUCUUUGAUGGUUCGGGGCGAUUUAUUGAACACAGCUUGCAAAGGUGCAGUAAGACUGAAUGUGAAGAGCCUCCUUUCAACUAUGUGAUUCAAAUGAACAACAAAUUACUGCUGGAUAUUAGACGUUACAUCAGAAAAUACUAUAAUGGUUGGUUGGUAUGCGAGGAGCCAACUUGCCAAAAUCGAACCCGUCGACUUCCUCUGAGUUUUUCCCGGAGUGGUCCUGUGUGCCAGGCCUGCAGGAAGGCUGUUCUGAGACCAGAGUAUUCUGAUAAGGCCCUGUACACUCAGCUCUGCUUUUACCGGUACAUUUUUGAUGUGGACUAUGCAAUGGAUAAAGUGAUUACUGAAGAGGAGAAAG